CUGGUCUAGCCAAGGGCAGUGUGGAUAAAGGUGCGUCUGCAAAAAAAGAGGGACUCGAUCCAGCAAGUAACGGAGAGGAAAAGUCAGACGGAGACAAAGAGGUAGCAGUCAGACUGGCUUCCUCCCCUGCAGCAGAAGUAAUGCUCAACGGCAUCGAAUGUGACGACACGAGGCACAAGAGCCCGACACACGGCUCCACGACAGGCAGCACUAAGACUUCACUGUUGUUAAAUGAAAAUGGGAUGCUAGACCUGGAGCCACCGCACGCUUCUGUUACUGGAAGCAAUGGAUUCAUUUUCACUAAGCAGCAGCAGGACGGCAGCUCUGCAGCGAUGCCAGGUUUGGGAGCUUCCCCUCACAGGACUAACUGGUUGCCCUCGGGCACAUCAGCAGGGGGACAUGCGGUCAAACCUGUCUCGGCAUCAGGGAGUGCACAGACUUCGGGUGCGUUACGGACUGACCCCAGUACGGGGACUACGUUGGGACAGGGUAUAUCGGACACUAAAAAUGGCACAGCGCCGUCUCCUGCACCCGUCACAAUACACAGAGCACGCAAGACCAUGUCCAGGCCUGCUGUCAGCCCGGCACAAAAGCUUCUGAACAGGGAAUUAAGAGAAGCAAAAAGUGCCACAGUCGAGAAAAUGGAGACUAACGUUGCACCUGAUGAGCAGAAAACCUUGCAGCAGUCCUCUCAGAACCAUCUACCUCAGAGUCCACCAGAAACGCCAGCUUCUGCACAAACCACGUCAUCUGCCUCACCAGCACCUCCACCAACCCCAGCUCCUCCGGCCCCCACCAAGCUCCAACUAGGCUCGUUCUCCGGAGGGCUGUCAUCCCGAAAGAAAAAGAGGAGGAUGGGAACGUACAGCCUGGUUCCCAAGAAGAAAACCAAAGUGCUUAAGCAGAGAACUGUGCUAGAGAUGUUUAAGGACCUACACCAAUCGUCGAAGAUCCCACAGACUAAAGAGGCAGUGAACAUAAAUGGGGAGAAGGUGGAAAACGCAUCUGAGGAGGAAGAGUCAGAGGAGGUGGAGUCUGAGGAAGAGGAACGACAGCAGAUGUCAGAAGAACCCGUCAGUGUUCAGGAAACAUCUGAACCCAUCUCCCAGGUGGAGGUUGGAGAUGAGCAGGAGUCUGAAGAGUCUGGAGAAGAGGAGGGAGAGGAGGAGGGAACAGAGUCCGACAUGAGCACAGAGUCGGGUCUGAAGAAGAAGUUGAAAAAGAAAACGAAAGGAGACAGCGCGUGGCUCAGGCCGUCCAGGAAACGGAAGAGGAGGUUAAAGGUCAAAGACCUGGAGCUGGUGGUUCAUCCUCAGGCUUCAGCUCAGGCCCUGGCAGGUGAUGUAAAGGAGUACACGCAGAUUGUCCUUCCUGAGUCCGUCAACGCCAGCAAGCCCCAAGAGCUGGUGGCGCCGCCACAGAAUAAAGCUGUCGUCGUAGGGUCGGCGGUCGAGGAGUCUCAGGAGCUUCCCCUCUGCAGCUGCCGCAUGGAGACGCCCAAGAGUCGAGAAAUUCUCAUCCUGGCCGAUAGGAAGUGCAUGGCCACAGAGAGCGUCGACGGACAGCUGAGCCGCUGCCAAAGUGCCGUACUGAAACACGAGAUGAUGCGUCCCUCCAACUCUGUUCAGCUGCUCGUUCUGUGCGAAGAUCACCGCAAUGGCAUGGUGAAGCACCAGUGCUGCCCGGGCUGCGGCUUCUUCUGCAGGGCUGGAACAUUCAUGGAGUGCCAACCGGACGUCAGCAUCUCUCACCGCUUCCAUCGUGCUUGUGCCUCGGUGCUGAAAGGUCAGAGCUUCUGCCCUCACUGUGGAGAGGAGGCCAGCAAGGCCAAGGAGGUCACCAUCGCCAAGGCUGACACCACCUCCACUGUACCCACCGCGCUCGCUCAUGGACCUGCCACACCCGGGGCCCCCGAGGGUCGCGCAGACACCACCACUGGCAGCUCUUCUCGUUUAGCUGUCGGGGCGGAGACCAGCGGCCGGGCCGACAGCUCCUUUUCUGUUCGUUCCUCACACGGCCUCGACACGUCUGCCGUUCCCGGGUCGUCCAGAACUGCAACACUGCAGACCAUCAUGGGAACCGCUGCUUCGCCAACAGUUCCUCAAGGACCACCGCGAGAAACUCUGGAGAGCAUCCUGGUCGCUCUGGACACGGAGAAGCCCAAGAAGUUGCGUUUUCACCCCAAGCAACUUUACCUCUCGGCCAAACAGGGAGAACUCAAGAGGGUGUUGCUCAUGUUGGUGGACGGCAUUGACCCAAACUUUAAGAUGGAUUCUCAGAACAAACGUACUCCGCUUCAUGCCGCAGCUGAGGGCGGACACAAAGACAUCUGCCACAUGCUCGUUCAGGCCGGUGCAAACCUGGACAUGUGUGACGAGGAUCAGCGGACGCCACUGAUGGAGGCCUGUGAGAACAACCACAUGGAGACGGUGCUGUACCUGCUGAGAGCUGGAGCCAGCGCCAUGCAGAAGGAUGUUGAAGGCUUCACGUGUCUCCACCUAGCGGCAAAGUCCGGUCAUUACAACAUUGUCGAGCACCUUCUCUCCACAGGACUGAUCAACAUAAACUGUCAGGAUGACGGCGGUUGGACAGCCAUGAUCUGGGCGACUGAGUACAAACAUGUUGACCAGGUGAAGCUGCUUCUGUCCAAAGGAGCCGACAUCAGCGUCAGGGACAAGGUUAGCUGCGGCGUCUGUCCUCCCUGUGUUCGUCACGAUUUACAGAAAAAUAUAUUGCAAUUGUUGGUUUACAUCAUUUCCUCUUCUGUUCAGGAGGAAAACAUCUGCCUUCACUGGGCAGCGUUCUCCGGCAGUGUGGAGAUUGCGGAGCUGCUGCUGAACGCCCACUGUGACCUGCAGGCUGUCAACAUCCACGGAGACUCUCCGCUACACAUCGCUGCUCGGGAGAAUCGCCUGGAUUGUGUCACGCUUUUCCUGUCUCGAGGAGCAAAUGUUUUUCUGAAGAAUCGUGAAGGAGAAACUCCUCCAGACUGCUGCAGCCACAACUCCAAGGCCUGGGCGGCUCUGCAGGCCAACAGGAAGGAGAGGGACGCCAAGAACAGCAGACUCAGUCGAACAGAGGAGAAAGUCCUUCACAGUGACAUCGCUCUGGGACAGGAGGGAGUUCCUAUUCCUUGUGUCAACUCUGUGGACAGUGAAACGAUCCCAGACAACUACAAGUACAUCUCAGAAAACUGCGUCACCUCCCCCAUGAACAUCGACAGAAACAUAACGCACCUACAGUACUGUGUUUGUAAGGAAGAUUGUUCGGCAAGUAUCUGCAUGUGUGGACAGCUCAGCCUGCGCUGCUGGUACGACAAGAGCGGUUGUCUCCUCCCCGAGUUCUGCCGCGAGGAGCCUCCCCUCAUCUUCGAGUGCAACCAUGCGUGUUCCUGUUGGAGAACCUGCAAAAACCGCGUCGUGCAAAAUGGACUCAGGAGCAGACUUCAGCUCUUCAGGACCAGUAAGAAGGGCUGGGGCGUCCGGGCCCUGCAGGACAUACCACAGGGGACCUUUGUGUGCGAGUACGUCGGUGAGAUCAUCUCCGAAGCAGAAGCAGAGAUGAGGCAAAACGACGCCUACCUGUUCAGUCUGGACGACAAGCCGCAAGACAUGUACUGCAUCGAUGCCCGUUUCUAUGGAAACAUCAGCCGCUUCCUCAACCACAUGUGCGAGCCCAACUUGUUUGCCUGUCGAGUGUUUACGAAGCACCAGGACCUUCGAUUCCCACACAUUGCCUUCUUCGCCAGUGAAAACAUCAAAGCUGGAGAGGAGCUGGGAUUUAACUAUGGCGACCACUUCUGGGAAGUCAAGAGCAAACUGUUCAACUGCGAAUGCGGCUCCUCGAAGUGCAAGUACUCGUCGGCGGCCAUGGCGUCGCUGCAGGCCGACAGCACGCCAGAGGAGCAGCAGCAGCCGAGCGCGUCGCCCGACACCAGCUCCUCCAACAGCCCGCCCAGUCCUUCAUAAAAGCCUCCGCACACUAAGCCUCGCCACACGUGCAGGACCGAGGGCGCCACCUGUUUCCAUUCACCGAGAACUCUGAACUCUUUUCUCUGAACUUGUACUGUAUCUCUCCACUUCUGAUUAAAUGACCAUGGACCAUAGACGACACUCACACUGAGAAGCAGAUGCACAGUCGAUUCCUGGAACAAGUCGCUGCUCCUUUAUUCCACCUGGUGUAACAGCAGGGGGCAGUGACGUCACGCACAGCAAACUUCACGGGGACGGUUAAAAACAGUCCUUACAUUUCAUCCUUUACAGGAAGGAGAACUGUGCGUUUUGUCUUUAUUAAGAUAAUUGACAUCGUUGAAUGGCUUUUUCGUAGAAUCGUGAUAAAGGAUUUCUGGGUUCGGGAUGAGCGUAUCGUUGUCUUUUGCGAAGACAACCUCAGCGUACGGCUGAGUUGAACUUGUUUGACCGUUGUGGUCAUUUAUCAUGAACCAUUCCAGCUGAAUUAGCAGAUAAGUAAUGAAUUUUGUUGCCACUUUUCCGCGUCACCUCAUCUUCGUUGCCGUGUUUGAAUGGAUGUCCAACAUUUGCUACGACGUUUGGUUCUAAAUUGAAAAUUGAAUCAAAUCAUGUAAAAAAAAAAAGUGAACCAUUUUUUUAUUUGCUACUCGAGUGAGUAUAGAUUGAUAGAACGAUGUUGUACCAUUCCUCAAGAAUGAGGCGUUUCUAGUCUGAAUAAAUUGGCUGAUCUUUUUUUAUUAAGCAUGGGGAUCUUAAUGUGUCAGAUAUUUUGCCACGGUUUUGGAGGAAUUUACUAAACUGAAGUGGAGGAAAAAGAAAUAACAUGGUGCUGACAAAGGUUUUUACUUUUGUUUUCAUUUGUAUUACCCAAGUGAACAUAGUUUGUAAAAUAAGAGAACAUUUUAAGUUUUUUUUUAUGUUUAAUUUUAUCUCCAGUUUUCUAAUCGUAGUUACUGUAGUUAGCCUGUUUUUAAUUUCGUUUUUGCCAACAGAAGCCAACCCGUCUUUUUAAAUGUUGUUAGUAAAGCAGUGACUGUUGUGCAAAGUUUUGAAAGAUAUAAAUGGGUAAAAAAAGGUUAUAAAAAUGCACUUCCAGUACGUUCUGUUACAUAUUUCUGGACCGUGAACCAUUCAUCUACUUGGUUGUAUCUUUUUCAAUAAAUUUACUACUAAUGCAUUUA